AGCGAUGUCGCACUACAGAGGGUCAGAUUGCAUCCGCCAGUUUGUCCAAUGCUGUGAUGUCAAGAAUCCUCUUUCACUCACCUCAACAAGACUGAGGAAGCACAUGGCUACCUUAUCUAAGGUACUAAACCUUCAGGAGACAGAGCUAGACCAGCUGGCGGAUUUCAUGGGCCAUGACAUCAGAGUGCAUCGGCAGUUUUAUCGGUUACCAGAGGGCACCCUUCAACUAGUAAAGAUCAGUAAAAUCUUGAUGGCCAUGGAGCAGGGACGCCUUGCGGAGUUCCAAGGCAAGAGUCUUGAGGAGAUCGACAUUGAUCCGAAUGAAACAAUCCAGUUGGACAAGCAUCCGGAUUCCGAAGAUGACCUUGCAGAGGUGGUGUGUGAACGGGACAUGGAAGUUCCUGUCGCAGGUCAGGCAGAAAAGCAGAAAUGGAGUGGGUUACUGCAAGUAGAUGAAGGGGAAAUUCACUCAGAUGAAGAUGAUAUCCCUGUCCAAAAGACAAAGUCAAAGACCGUAGUUCCUGACAUGAGUGAACCGCAGCAGCGGAAAUGGAGUGGGUCGCCACAAGUAAAUGAAAGGGAAAGUAAUUCAGAUGGAGACGACAUCCCUCUCCAAAAGACAAAAUCAAAGACCGCUCGCAAGCCACAGAAGAGGAGGCUCUGGGAAAAAGAGGAGAUAAAUGCUGUCGAAAUGCACUUGAUCAACUUCCUUCGCACCUGUAACGUUCCAGGAAAGGAUGACUGUGAUAAGUGUCUUAAAUCUGAGCCAGAAGCACUUAAAAAUAGAGACUGGAAGGCCAUCAAAUUUUACAUCAAAAAUAGAAUUACCGCACUGAAGAGGAAAGUGUAAGGUUUAUCAUUUCUUUUUUGUUCAUUGUUCACCUCAGAAUCCUGGCAACGUUUAAUGGCCAGGACAGGUAAGCUAAAAUGGGCCGUAGUGUGCCAUAGUUUGUGCCAUAUGCGAUGGUUUGCCACAUGUGAGCUCAUUUGGUCAGAUGGUACAUAGGCCAUUGGCACUUAAUAAAGAGCUUUGUUUAAAGUAUGUUCAGGUGAUAUUUUUCUACUUCAUGUGUAAAGAGAAGAUCUUCGUACACAUCAAUCCAAGCAAAAAAAGUUUGUGUUUAAUUCUUUACAAACUUUCGGUCAAGAGACCUUCAUCAGGGCAUUGCACAACACAUACAAAGCAGUUCAUCUUAUACCUGGAGUUCUAUCAGUGUAAUCAGCCUAGAGUUCAAUCAGUGCAAUCAGACAAUGGCAGACAUUAAUCUGGGAUUACACAAGAACAAUUGGAAGUUGCAGUUCCAUAGACAUAUUUGUAGUUUUUUUAGGUACAGACGUCAAUUCAUAUGGCUUACAGUGGGGUGAAGUUAAAUUAACAAUGUAGACCUCAAGUAUGCAAAACACAAUAGAAAGCACAAUUAAUAUAAAACACAAAGGGCAGUAGUGGCCUUGUGGUUAAGGUAUCGGACUUGUGACCGCAUCAUCACAGGUUUGAAUCCAGUAACUGCCAGUAGUGCUACUGAGGUACCCUGAGCAUGGUACCAUCCUCGGUCACUGCUCCCCGGCCACUGUUGUCAUGGCUGCCCCCUGCUCAUGUGCGUGAUGGGUAAAAAUGCAGAGCAAAUUUCGUUGUGUACACUGUGUGCUGUGCCGUGUAAACUCAAUCCAAUCCUUCUCCAUUCUAGCCUGGAGCCCAGCCCCUUGCACGUCAUUUCAUUCUGUACAGAGGGUCUGGCGACGCUGUAUUGAAAAUCGUUUUCUCCAUGGAGGUGGGAACUCUGCUGAAGUUUAAAACGAUUGGAUCUGCCUUUACCCAAUUGCUAGCCUGGUCGUGGCGUAUGCAAUGAAUUGAAGUGUACCACACAAAACCGACGUCAUCCUCACUCGAACACUCCCGCUGUUCGCUGAUUGGCUAGGAAGGAUGCCAUCCUAGAACCACAGCUUCUACAUUGGUGUCGCCAGACCCUCUGUACAGAAUGAAAUGACGUGCAAGGGGCUGGGCUCCAGGCCAUCUCCAUACCUCUCUCUCAAGGAAAUGUGAAAUGUUUGUAGACAAGCUUUCUACAUCAAAAGUGACUAGAGACAAAUCAGAGGGGAGUUCCUGCAGUUCAGAUUUUUAUUUAUAAUAUAAGUGGAAUCUCUCACAUAUACAGGAAGCUUUUGGAUAUAUGGUUUACUAUAAUAAUACAUGAAAUUUGACAAUGGUUCCAGUAGUGAUUCAUUACUGGCAUCUAUAGGUUUAACUUUAGGUUUAAUGAGGCUUUUGUGAACUUUGGGGAGCAUCGUUACAAUUUCUGUGUUCAUCUGGAACUUCGACUGAGUGCGGUGUACAACCUCUAAUCUACUUCAUGUGUAGAAACCUCAUUGUUAUUAAUCCCUAGUGGGGGAUUUUGGGUGAUACAGUUGCCUAGUGACAAGAAGGUACUAAAUAGAGUAUAAAAUAUACAUGCCGUACAAACCUUGCCUAUAAUGCCUGCACCAUACAUGAUCCAAACUAUCACCCAACUCUACGUUUAUGAACAUAGGCCAUAUCACCUUCCACACAUCAGUCUAGACUAGGGCUGCGGUCAGUCUCUGAGCCAGGUGUCUGUCCGUUGAUCAUCGCACCUGAUAGGGGUCCCAUCCUAGUAAUGUCAGAUCAUCUGUUCCCCAGAAGAAUGGUAUACCUGAGCAGUGUGUUAAAAUGUUCCUCAGAAGAAUAGCAAAACCUGAGAUGUGUGUUUAUGAUCCCCAGAAGAAUAGUAAGACCUGAGAAAUCCCCAUAUGGAAUGACUCUGUCAGGUCUGACCACAAGUUAUGAAUAUUGUUAAUUUGAAGUGAUAUUCAUGCUCCUGAAGUGCAUCUGGUCAUGCCUGAUUUUUUUCAGAGGUGUACGAUGUCUAGAAAGGGUGGCACCCAGAAAGUAGGUUCCAGUCAGGUGGUCCCACAAUGUGAUAAAAACAAGUGUGUGUGUAAAAAUGUUUGAAUGACGGCAACUCUCCUUCGUCUGUAUAAAUAUCAACAUGUUGGUCAAAACAAAGCAAGAAAUCAUAACCGCGCAAGUUUAUAGGAAUAGGGGAGCGAUGAACAACUAAAUGAAUGAAUGAGGGCAACUCUUUCCUUCCUCUGUAUAAAUCGGAAAAGAAAUCUGACAUUGCAACAUGUUGGUCAAAACAAAUCAAGAAAUCAUAACAGCGCAAGUUUAUAGGAACAGCAAGGGGCAGUGUCAGUGUGUGUAGAUGAAGGAGGAUGGCUGUCUCCACAUCCUCUCACUAACACACACACACACACACACUCACUCCUCUGCCGUACAUUCAAAUACUCCUCUUUCUGCCACGGAAUGCUCUUCUCCCUUUAGUGACCACCAAUGCCAUCUUUCAGCACUUGUGGCUCAACUCAGUCCUGGACGAACACACUCACAGAGGAAAGCUGACAGUUGGGGGGACAAAGGGUUCAGAGAGGGUCCACAUUUAGGUGUUCUUUACGUUGGAUGUAUUGGGUGAGGGCGGCCUUUCAGAAUACUUUGUCUGGGUCCCCAUCAAAGCUUUCAGUGGCCCUACUCUCUCGCACACAGUGGUAGGACGUGCGCGUGCGUGCGUGCGUGUGCGCGAAUAUGCAAGCAGAGAUUUACUCUGAUAGUCACUUUUUUACGCUCGCUCGCUGGCUCUCUCUUUCUCUCUGCCCUUUUUUUUUUUUUUGCUCCCCACUGCGCUGAACCUACAUUGCAUUUGUAUGUCCUGGUCAUUUUUACAUAGUUUAUGAAUGUUUACAUUGUUAAUGAAUGUUUAAAUGUUUCUUAAUGUUUACAUUGCAUUGUUGACAAUAAACAAUUGUUUGGUCAGCACAA